AUGCGUCUUCCCUUUCGAAAAGAGAAAAAGCAACCAGAUGCACCGGUGGUGAAUGCAUGGGAUACUUCGGAAGAUCCUACAAGUGCUCCUCCAGCUGAGAAUCAACAAGUGCACAAUAAUGCUGCUAAUCAUCCCAAUGACACGGCAAAUGGAGGGAUAUCUGAAAAAACUGAACAACCACCCACACCUCAAAAUGAUCCAUCUUCACCAACAGGAUCAAAAACUGCCACACCGGAUCCCAAUCAAAUGCACACACGAGGUGCAAGUAUUGACAUCCCACCACAAGAAAUGACACCGCCAAUCAAGGAGACAUCACAACAACAGCCUGAUGAAUGGCAUAAGCCAAGCAAAGCAAGGCUGCUACUUCGCUUCUGGCAAUUGAUCGCUGCCAUCGGGGCAUUUGGAUUUCAAGUGGGUGCCACGCCUUACUCUGGUCAAGACAUGCCAUUUUCGAAGAAAGGAUUGCUUUACUAUGUCUACGUGAUUGAUUGGCUUUCGUUCCUGUUUUCUCUUUUUACGAUCUACGUUUACCUGACGCGACGUUUUGGCAAAGGCGGCAAGGUCAAACGUCCCAUUUCUUUUCUUCUCGAUGCAUUCUUUGCUGCUUUAUUCGGCGUGGGUGCUUUUUACCAAUUUGCAUUGUACCAAUGUCCACCGGGUGGCUAUGAUGGCUGGUGCAACUUUUUCAACACCGGCUUGUUUUUCCUUGUAUCGUUGUUUGUAACAUAUGUGAUCCACGCUCUCUGGGAUGUGUUUGGGGGAUUGUCAUGUAUUCGCAGCCGCAACUAG